AUGCUUCAAGAUUUUGUGGAAAAUGAUAUUGAUGAUUGGUUAGAUUUAGAAGAUAUGCAGCAGGAUGAUCAUUUGGAUAAAGAGAAUAUUGAUCCAUCCAUUUGUCAAUUGCAAAAUCUGAAAGUUCGUCAUGGUAAAGGCGUCCGGUAUUGGGCAAUAUCAAAAGAACUGCAAGGAGGGUUAGGAGGAUUUAUUUGA